AUGAAGGGUGUUGUGGAAUAUGACCGUAUUGAGCGAGAAGCUGAAGAAAGGCGUAAAAGAGGAGAAGAAGAGACACCGAAAGCAGAGGCUGGUAUUGAACCAUCUGAAAAGCGAUCGGAACAAACACCAGCGCCCACUGAUGUUGUGCCCGAGAAACGAGACUCAGAUAGCGAAUAUGAGGAGGUGGAAGUGACGGAUGAUGAAGAGGAAGAACCCUCAAAGCGACUAAAAGCCGACGAGGAAGUGAAUCAGCAGGUCGAAUUCAACGAAGACGACAUCGAAUAUCAGUUGGCCGCCAUGGCAGACGACUACGGCGGUGGCCCCGGCGAAUAUGAUGAAUAUGGCGAAGGUGGCGAAACUGAAUGGCAAGAGAAUGAAGAGGAACCACCUCUCUCCGAAGAAGAUACCAUUGCGCUAUUCCGUGAUUUGCUUGACGACUUCAGGAUAAGCCCAUAUACUCCUUGGGAAACUAUCAUUGAAGAAGGGAAGAUAGUUUUUGACCCGAGGUACACAGUUCUGCCCAAUAUGAAAUCAAGACGGGAGGUCUGGUCGAAAUGGAGCCGUGACCGAAUACAUGAGCACAAGGAACGCAAGAAGAAGGAACAACAGGCAAACCCUCGGAUUGGAUAUUUUGCUCUUCUGCAUGAGCAUGCUACCCCUAAACUCUAUUGGCCUGAGUUUAAGCGAAAGUAUCGAAAGGAGCCGGAAAUGAAAGACAGCAGAAUACCAGAAAAAGAGAAAGAAAAGCACUACCGUGACCAUAUCGCAAGACUAAAACUUCCAGAAAGUACUCGGAAGUCUGAUCUAUCUUCUCUACUCAAGUCUAUCCCGCUAUCAUCACUCAAUGCGUCAAGCUCGAUCCACUCACUACCUCAGCAAAUUCUAUCCGACAUUCGAUAUAUAUCACUAUCUUCGCAAACCAGAGAUGAGCUUAUUGGGUCUUACAUCCUUACACUACCCGCUGCUCCAGAGCAACCAGAUACGCUAGACGAUGCAGAAAAGGCCGAACAGCUAAAGAAAGAGCAAGAACGGCGAAAGCGGGAGAAGGCCUUGCAUGACCGUGAAAUGAGAGUGCAAGAAGAGAAGCGAAAGCAGCAGAGAGCUGUUAUGCAUAGCAAAGAUGCCCUCCGCCAGGAGGAUGAAGAGAUUCAGAGAGCUAUGAAAGUGGGCAGAGAGGGUUUAAAAAGUUAUAUGGAUGACACCUAG